AUGCUUGCUCACGUUAGCAUUGUCAAGACAACACUGAGUAAUGCAGGCUGGCAGCUCCCAAAGCAAAUGCUCACUUCAGGCCUCCUGUUCGCCGAGGAGGGCAAGGUGCGCGGUCAUGUAGUCAUGGCGACAUGUGACUAUGGAUUCGCCAACAACGAGGUUGGUUCUAGCCGCGCCGUGUGGCAUCCGCAAUGCCAAGCCGGCGAUGAGUGA